AUGUCUCAGAAUAUCCCUCGCAAGCCUAUCCCUAGUCCAGAGGUUGCAAUGCAUCGUGGCCUCCACAGUUCCCGCUCGACCCUCUGGCGGCCAUGGACUCCAGGUCUUCCGUCUGUCAACGAUUAUGAAAGGUCCAUCCACAAAUUCCCCUGGCUCGAACAAGACUCAAGCGACGACGAGGAAAUGGAGCGUGGUUAUGCAGCAGUCCCUAAGACAGACUGUUCUGUUGAUGGUCGACGACUUAUUCAGUGUGUGCCUGAAGAAGAACUUGACCCUGCACAUGUUGAAGAGGGCCCAAAGGAAGAGACCAAAGAGGAGCUCCUGAGUGAUCCCAAUAUUGUAACCUGGGAUGGUCCCAAAGAUCCGGCAAACCCGAAAAACUGGCCGAAAUAUCGACGAUGGACGUCCACCAUCCUAGUAUCCUGCUUUACCUUCAUCUCUCCGGUUUCGUCCACGAUGCUGGCCCCUGCGCUUCCUACGCUUGCUGAAGAGUUCAAAAUCAAGUCCGACAUUGAGACAUACCUCCUCAUGUCUAUCUUCCUCCUUGCAUACGCCGUCGGUCCUUUCAUCCUCGGUCCACUCUCCGAGAUGUAUGGCCGUGUAGUUGUGCUGCAGUCUGCGAAUAUGGUCUUUCUCCUUUUCAACACAGUUUGCGGUUUCUCGACAAGCAAGGAGCAGAUGCUAGCUUUUCGCUUUCUCAGCGGUCUAGGCGGUAGCGCCCCCCAGGCUCUCGGUGGUGGUGUCCUCAGUGAUUGCUGGCACAAAGAGGAGCGUGGCAUGGCCACUGCUAUCUACAGUCUGGCCCCCUUCCUCGGGCCUGCGGUUGGCCCGAUCGGUAAGUCACUCCUCACGACAUACUUGAAUGGGCUGUCCUGA